CUUCCGGUGUUUUCACUCGCGAUAGUAGGCCUUUCGCCGAGUAACAUUUUACAUUUCGUUACGUGGUUUAAUUAGGCAGAUUUCAUCAACCAUGUAAUAAGACAGCAAGGAAUGGUCGACUUGUACUGCUGAAGACAGCGUCAUCAUGGGACAAGCCGCAUCCAAACAGGAGGCGUUCUGGGAAGCUUGUGGCUUCGGUCAUGCAGACAGAGUGGCGAAAUUUCUCUCAGAUGGUGAUAUUGAUGUAAACUGGGUCUCGUACACACAUGACUGCUGUCCUAUCCAUGUCGCCUCUCAAGGGAAGCCUACCAUUGUACAAAUGCUGUUGGAUGCAAAAUGUAAUGUGAAUGUGAAAGAUAAUAGAGGAAACCUGCCGAUCCAUCAUGCUGCCAUGAAAGGCCAUUCAGACAUCAUGAAAACCCUGAUAGAUGCCGGGUCAGAAAUCAACACACAAGACAAGAAUGGCUGGACGCCCCUUCACUGUGCAGCAUACUGGGGCCACUUAGAGGCGGUCAAGGUGUUAGUUAAACAUGGUGCUGAGGUCAACACAAAAAAUAAGGAUGAAAGGACAGCUUUACAUGAAACAGCUCGGUCUCAAGAUUACCAUGAGGAACGGCUUGGUGAUAUCGCUACCAUUCUGAUAGCGGCUGGCUCCGACGUAAAUGCCAAGAGUAGUGAUUUAGGAGAGGCGGAUUUCACUGGUCUCAUGUUUGCUGCCUACCACAACCAUCCAGAAGUGGCCUUAGCAUUUACAACUAGCGGCUGUGAUAUCAACGCAUACGGAACUAAUGGCUGGACAGCGCUACACUGGGCAGUAGACCGAGACAACGAGGAGAUGGUGUACGUCCUACUGGAGGAGGGAGUCGACCCCACCAAACGGGCUGUGCGUGGUGAACUGCCAUCAGAUCGUACUUCCAGGCAAGACAUCAAAGAUGUCUUGAUGAAUGCUGUCAAUAUGUUCAACGAACUUUCCCUUCUGGAGGGAAGUGAAAAACCAAAGAUGACAGAUAUGAUGGAACUGCCUACAAACCAGGAAAGAAGUGCAAGAGAUGUGCCAAGGUCUGAGAAAAAAUCCCCUGAUAGGGAGGCUGUAACAAAACAUGUAGAUCAUUCUGUGGAAAAAAGGGAGGCUGUAACAAAACAAGUAGAUCAUUCAGAGGAAAAGAGUGAUGUUUGUACUGAAAUCACGGACUGUGGUAAUGAAACCACUGAAAAAGAGGAUAAAAAUACGAUACAGGAAGUGACAGGUGACUCGCGGAACUGUGAGGAGCGUUUCAGAGGGAAGGGAGAUAACUCCUGCAAUCAUGUAGCAAAUGUUUUAGAGUCACCAAUCGAGAAAACCAUAGACCAAACAGAUAAAUUAGACAUCAACAAAGACGAAUAAUUUCCAACUUUUUGUAGCGGAAAUAUUUUGUAUUAUCAGUCUGAAAGAAAACUUAACUUGUUUUGAAAUAUUGUAUAGAAAGAGUAGGUACUGUAGGGGAUAAUCCAAAAAAACAAGUGUGUGUACUCUUUAUAAACCCCUUCAUCAUUUUAUUAAGUAUUUGGUGCAUAACAGUUUUUUUUUAAAGAAUAGCCAAAAAAAACCAUGUGCACUUAAAUAAUCUUUGCUAUAACCCUGAUAGAAUUUUGAAGAUUUUGGUUUCAUUAGGAAACUCACAUGAGUUACCUUAUUUGGUCAGGAUUUAUUAGAUGUGGCUGUCCACUUACUGAGCUCAGUAGGAUCAGUUAGAGUGGCUGUCCAUCCACUUACUGAGCUCAGUAGGAUCAGCUAGUGUGGCUGUCAUUUACUGAGCUCAGUAGGAUCAGUUAAAGUGGCUGUCCACUUACUUACUGAGCUCAGUAGGAUCAGUUACAGUGGCUGUACACAUACUGAGCUCAUAAGGAUUAGUUAGGGUGGCUGUCACUAACUGAGCUUAGUAGGAUCAGCUAGAGUGGCUGUCCACUUACUGAGCUCAGUAGGAUCAGUUAGGGUGGCUGUCACCUUACUGAGCUUAGUAGGAUCAGUAAGAGUGGCUGUCCACUUACUGAGCUCAGUAGGAUCAGUUAGAGUGGCUGUCCACUUACUGAGCUCAGUAGGAUCAGUUAGAGUGGCUGUCCACUUACUGAGCUCAGUAGGGUCAGUUAGAGUCGCUGUCCACUUACUGAGCUCAUUAGGAUCAGUUCGAGUGGUUGUCCACUUACUUCACUGAGCUCAGUAGGGUCAGUAAUUUUUAACCAGUACAGGUGUUUGAUAAGAGUAUCCCAUUCCAUCCUGCUUUUCUGUUUAUGAUAUAGCGCCCUAUAUAGCUAACAUAAGCCACUCUUAAGCGCUUUACAGUAAAAAGAUAAAUAUUAUUCAAUUGA